AGAUCAAAAUAGGCUCAAUUGAAAUUAUACGGAUCAAAAUGACAUACAAAUCAAAUGGUAGGAACUAUCGGUAUAGUUUGCCCUAUAUUAUUGGAUGAAAAUUUGUGCAAAUGUUUCAGAUUAGAGGGGAAGGUGGCACUGAUCACCGGUGGAGCUCGUGGCAUUGGAGAAUGCAUCGCAAGGCUGUUCACCAAACACGGAGCCAAUGUGAUCAUUGCUGAUAUCCUAGACAACAUGGGUCACUCUGUAUGUGAAGACUUGGGUGAUGAACUUGCUUUUUAUGUUCAUUGUGAUGUGAGUAAUGAAUCAGAUAUUGAAAAUGCGGUUAACACUGUCAUCCUCAAGUAUGGAACGCUCGACAUCAUGAUUAACAAUGCAGCUACAGGAGACGAAGCGAAAACCAGCAUUCUUGACAAUGAAAAGUCUGAGUUCGAUCGAGUCAUUAGCGUGAACCUAACAGGCGCCUUCUUAGGCACCAAGCACGCAGCUCGCGUGAUGAUUCCAGCCAAAAAGGGUAGCAUUAUUACAAUCGGAAGUGUUUCUUCUAGUGUUGGUGGUGUUGCUUCUCACGCAUAUACGAGUUCAAAGCAUGCUGCGGUAGGACUGACCAAGAAUGUUGCUGCAGACCUUGGGCAGUUUGGGAUUCGCGUGAAUUGCUUGUCGCCCUACUUCAUUGCGACACCAUUGACAAUGAAUUUUUUCAAGAUGGAUGAGAGUGAUGCCUCUAGUGUUUAUUCUAACCUCAAAGAAGUGGCUCUUUGCUCCGAAGAUGUGGCUGAAGCUGGUCUUUAUCUGGGGAGUGAUGAGUCUAAAUACAUGAGUGGGCAUAAUCUUGCACUAGAUGGGGGAUUUGCUGUUAUCAAUCCAGCUUUUGGGUUGUUCGCAAAACCCAAAUAAUUUAUUUUUAAUCGAAGCUGAUGUAUUUGAUAUAAUAAAAAA